AUGACACUUCCAGCUCAUGGUCGGGGCACAAGCCAGCGUAGCCCGACUGUUCUUGUGUCAGACUCCCGUGACCAACAGCCUACAUCCACGAUUAGAAAAGGGCGCCCCUCUGGCACUCGAUUCAUCACUGUUGAUAAUGUGCUUCAAUAUGCCUCCGAUGUCCCGUCGAUGCAACAGCGGCAUCCCGCACCAAUCUCCCGAUCUCGUCGCUUAGUUGCUGCGAUAGGUAAUGGAGGUGCGAGUAGUGCGACCGCAUCUUCCAUUGUAACGGGUAAAAUAGGUCGACUCGCUGCACAGCCCCGUCUGCCCCCUCGAACGACCAAAUUUAGCGAAAAACUGGUCCUGUUGCCUGAUACUAGUGUCGGUGGAUCAGAUGAUUCGCCAGAGGAUGAGGACGAUGAAGACGAUGAUGUUGAACUUGUAGACGAAGAGCUAGUCGCUAGACUAGCCCAUGACAAACAUAUUGACCCCGAGGUGGUGCGGCAGCAGCUUCUAGUGCAGAAGCGACUGGGCGGCGAUUUUGGUGUGGAUAAUGACUUUGCGCCUAUGCUUGCAGAUGAGGAAACCCUUCGCAAGCGUCGUAUUGCGCCUGAAAAGUCGAAGAGCUAUGCUGAGCGACUACCCAAGGCACGCCGCACAGAAAAACUUGCCCGAGUGACAGCAUACUGCACCGCACAGGCGUACAAGAUGCAGGCGGUCACCUCUUUCGUCAAGGAGUGGCACGGCGCUCGAACUAAAUUGUAUGAUGACUGCAUUUAUGCCGCUUAUCAUUUGCCUCUUCUCCCAGGACACGAUGGAUAUCGUCUGCGGAGCAGUCCGGUUCUGAAAGUUCCUGGUGGCAAGUCACUCUUGGACGAAGAGAUUGAGCGCAACGAGCAGCGCGAUCAUCACGAUGACUACAUCGGUGAAGCUGAAGAUCACUCUGUUGGUGGAUACAACCGGCCCGAAGAUGAGCAUAAUCCAGGGGAAUCACCCCAGGAUUCCAAUGAUCAUCACACCAACGAUGAGCAGCACAAGCGAUUCCUAGACCACAUCUCACAAGAUGGCAACCGCCUUUCAGAUGAGCAGGAGCGAAAUGGUGAUAAGACUGGCACUGAUGAAGCUGAGGAGCCUGCCCCUCGUCCCCGUCGACACAGCUCCGACGAUGGCCACACUCUUUAUCGGGAACGUCCCUCUCAGGUGUCCCUUUCCUCGUCCUCUUCCAUUCCUCCAGCCCCAGCUCGCACUUUUUAUAAUGUUGCCGAGAUGUUUGUCUUCAGUUAUGGUGUAGUUGUGUUCUGGAACUUUACUGAGCGACAGGAAAAGGACUUGUUGGCUGAUCUGGCAUUUGCUACUUCAUCGGUCACGGGGAUAUCCAUCCCAUUGGCUAUGAUGCCUCUUCAGGAAGAAGACUUUGAAACUGAAGACUUCCAUUUUGAGUAUUCAACCGACAUCGCGCGCCCUCGCGUGUACAAUGACAUGAUCACUCUCCGCAGCAGUGAUCAUAUGAUUAAGUUGGCUAUCAGUCAUGGAAUUUCACAGAGCACUAAGUUGAGCUUCUUCGAGGAGGUCAUGGCUCGUCAAAUGUCAGACGCAAAGGAUAUCCCGCGCCGACUGGCCACAACCGGGCAACUUGGCAUGAAACGUGAGGACGUCUUCCGAAUCCUGGGACGUCUGUUCAAGAGUCGUGUGGAGGUCAACCUUUCCUCUAACAUGUUGGACGUUCCCAACUUUUUCUGGGAAAGCGAACCGACUCUUUACCCUCUUUACAUUGCCGUACGCGAGUAUCUGGAGAUCAAACCUCGGAUACUGGUUCUCAAUGAGCGUUGCCGUGUGUUUUUGGAUCUUGCGGAAAUUCUCUCGGACGCUAUUGCCGAUAGUCGAACUUCACACCAAACUUGGAUUGUCAUUGUUCUUAUCCUACUAUCUAUCUUUGUUACCCUCUUUGAGGUCUUCCUCCGCUUUGGUCUGCUUCAUGCUCGUCAGGGAGCUGUCGUUUCGCCUCUCACUCUCGUUGCCCGAACAAUACUAGGAUCACGCUCGGUGUCGUCUGCAUCUUCUGGAUGGUCCCCUAAUGAUAUCCCUCCGGGUUGUGUUUGUCCUUCCAUUUCCCCUGGAGGGGAUGUGAAUGUUAGUGGAAUGGGGCUGGGCCUCUGA